AAUAAAAUCACCCCAAAAUAAUGAAAAUAUGAUUAUCUUGUUGUCAGAACUAACAGCAGUUGCCUUACUUCUUAAAGAACUAUCAUGUCAAAGUUGACAUGUUUUCUCAUGAAAAAUGAAAGUAGGAAUACCUCCUGGGUUGGGAACUGUAACACGAACGCUUAGCAUGCAAUCAUUCGAUUUACAUCCGCGAACAAGGACUGGCUACGGUAAUAAAAAUGAAUCUUGGAAAUUUUUUCUACUUACAACUGAUCGUCGUCUCAUACGCGAAUAGCAUAGAUAUAAUUCGUGAAUAUUUUGUUUUUAAAAAUGUUAGCAGGGUAGCUGGUUUUUCCUGUGGUGAGGUUGAAAGCGACUAUCAAAUCACCAAAAUUCUUAAUGAAGCCGAUAUUGGAGUAUCUGUAAAUCAACUGAAAUCGACCACUGAUGUUUCACGAUUCUUACAUACUAAAUAUACGAAAUUGGGCAUCUUUUUGGAUCUACAAUGUUGGAUUGCAAAUAAGGACGUCAUCAAACUCUUGGACGAGGCCUCGGUUUAUAAAAUGUUUGACCAUUUACAUCAGUGGCUGAUCUUGGCAAAUAAUAUGGACAGCAUUAUUGAAUACCUGAAUGACACCACAUUUAGUAUUAUCACGGAUCUCGUGAUUGCUGUAUCAGACGAUGAUAAUUACACUUUAUACGACGUGUAUAAUCAUUGUAAACGUUGUGGCGGUUUGUUAAAUGUUACGAAACUUGGUAGUUGGACGAAGGACGAUGGUUUAAAGAUUGUACUGGAAACGAACAUAUUUCAUAGAAGAUGGAAUUUUCACAAAAUGAAAAUAAGAACUGUUGGCUUUGUAAUAGAUAGGCCAAAAGACAAAAAUGUAAGGGAAUACUUGGUGGAAAGAACUAACAAACGCUUCGACACUUGGUCUCAAUUCGGAUGGUCCGUCAUGAUGCACGUUGAAGAAAUGUUCAAUAUGUCGUAUGUUUGUUUUCUUUAUUUAAAAAUUUAUAAUCAACUUCCGCCGGAGUAUUUUCUGUUUGAGCUUUAUAUCAUCUAUAAUAACCUUAUCAGUCCACCAGUAGUCGAGUUAAUAAGAGAUACUUAUACUUCCUCGGUGGUUGUACUAUACUCAAUCUCGUGUUAUUUCUUUUCUUACAGCUUUGAAAUCAUAGAAGUAUCACACUGGAGCAAUGAUACCAACGGGCCGCUUAUUGUUGGCCUUAAGAAUGGUAUCUACGAUAUACUUUUCUACCCAUCCAUCAUAACACAUUCAAGACUCGAUGAUGCUGAUGUAAUACUUCAAGUCUGGCCAUUAAGAACUUGCUUUAUGUUCCGUACUGUUCCUGCAAUAAAAGUAGACAUAAACCUACUCUUCAGGCCAUUUACAGCAAAUGCUUGGUACUUGAUUAUUUUAUUAACACUUAUUAUCAUUUUCACCCUGUGGAUAACUAUGGAACCAGAAAAGGAUGUUGAUCCUGAUUACGGGAUAACUGUUUUCAUUACCAUCGCUGCACUAUGUCAACAAGGUUUGCCAUUUUUAAACAAAUUAUUUGCAACCCGUAUUGCAUUUCUUCAAACCAUGAUCUUUGGCCUGUUAGUUUAUAAUUAUUACUCGGCGGCGAUAGUAUCCAGUCGGUUGAAUGUUCCUUUAAAUAAAAUGAACGAUUCAUUGUACUCGUUAGUAAAUAGCAAACUGAAGCUAUCAGCGUUUAAGAACGUGUACCUCGAUAUUGUACUGCAGUCUACUGCACCAGAUAUUCAAUAUUUUGCAAAACACUGGAAUACUAUACCAAAUGACAAAAAAUUUCUUUCUUUGGAUGAUGGAGUACAAAGAAUUACGACGCCAGGAUAUGCAUACCACGCGGAUCCGAUGAAUGCUUACCCGUUGAUAGAACGUGUUUUCGAUAAAGAGAUGAUUUGUCAACUAACAGAAGUUCAGUUGGUACGUCCUAGUCUUAUACCUUUUUGGACAACACGCAACAGUCCGUUUCAGGAGAUAUCCAAAAUAGGAGUUAUUAGGAUGUACACGGCUGGUAUUCAACGGCGAGAAUCAAUACGAUGGAAUUCUAGAACGCCCUACUGCAAUAAAGACAAACGCUAUGUAUCAAGUGUAACGAUUCGUGAAGCAACACCGAUUAUAUUCGUUUUAGUUAUCGGUAUCAUUGUAUCAGUUCUUAUUUGUUUAAUAGAGAUUAUAAUUUUUCGCACAUUACGAAGAAAACAGGAAGAAACAAUAAGACUUCAAUCUCAGGUGGAUAAAUAUGAUCGAAAAAUUAUCCUACUUGAAAAUACACACAAAUUACAAACAAGAACGCUCGUUACUAAUGCAUAAAGCAUAUAAUA